CAGUGCGGAUGACCCAAAGCGGACCGCCGACCGCCGACCUUUGACAUCAAGUUCGCUCGCGUUCGCGAUUUUUGCCGCGCUGUCACCGCGGUUUUGAACGCUUUCGAUUUGUUCUGUGUUGGUGCCGUAACUCCGAGCAAAAAAAUAUACUAAAAACAGAGUAAACAAGGCAGCAAGAGUUACAUGACUGAAUAACGUAAAGCCUCCUCGUUCGACAACAAAUCAAUCAAUGAAAAAUGUAUACCCGCUUUGCUGGAUGCACCCACGGUAACGACUCGAAUCCAGAUGAUAUAUUGCAUCGAUGCCUCUCGUGCAGGCGCAUUAAGUUCGCUUAUUGCCGGCAAUAAACUCAUUUACGUACUCGAACCGAGCGCGUGGCUCCUUCUGGCAGGACCCAACUCAGUUACGGAACUGGGGAAAAGUACGGGGUCCUCGUCAGGAGCAGAUACAGAUACAGAUACAGAUACAGGUACAGGUACAGAUACAGAUACUGUGCCCAAGUACUUUUCGCGAGUGUUUAGGUGUGUGUGAGCUGAGCAAACCAACCAAGCAGCAGACAAACAAACAAACAACAAACUAACCGAGAGGCAAACAAAUUGCUAAAAUAAAUGUACGGCGGGGGGCAGAGGCAGAAGCAGCAGCAGCAACAAAGACUCAACAAAAGGAAGAGGACUCGAAAAAAGAAGAAACAAAAAUCGGAAUCAGAAUCGGAAUCGGAAUCGAAGAGGUCCCAUUAAUGAACCAACCAAGCAAACCAACGAAAGUCAAAAUAAUAGAAUAAGCAAUACGAGCAAACUAUUUAUAACGAAAUCGCUUUAGUGUUAGUCAAAAAAAGGAUCACAUCAGAAGGUGUAUCUUGGGGAAAAUCAACGCUUCAUAAAUUAACGAAUUAGUGAGUAACAAACCACGGACCAGCUAAACUAGAGACCACCCAUCGGGGACAGCCGCCGGAGAAGCAUCAACCACCACGGCGAAGGGCGGCCGUAAUGGGUGGUGGCUUUGCGGCGCCACCGAUUACACUUGCCAGCAACCAGCGACCGGCUUCCAACCAGAUCCCCAUCCCUGCGACGGCUAUGCACGAGAAACUCCUGGAGAAGGAGGACAAGACUGAGAGGACCAAUCUGCUGGGCAGGUCCAAGGACAAGCCGCCCAAGGACAAGCCGCCCAAGCAGUCCAAGUUCGCGGAGCGACUGCGCCGCUCCUUUCGCCGCGGCGACCAUCGAUCACUGGAGAUCAAGCGGCAGGAACCCACGCCCGAGGAGCUGAAGGCUAAGAGCCGGGCCACUCCACCGCCGCCGAGUAGUCAGCACCCGGACAACAACAACCGGCUGCCCUUUGCCCUGAGCCACCUACACUUGCCCGGCUUGGGCUUGGGUGGCCACAUCAAUCCCGCCCUGCUGCUGGACAGUCCGGACGAGGGCACUCCGCCGGAAUACGCCUACCGCCACCUGAGUAGCGUGGCCACCACCAAUUCGAGUACUUCCCUGGAGAGCAGCUGCGAGUUGGGUGAGCUGAGUGGCUCCCAGAAUAGUGUCUUCUAUUGGGCCUCCAUGGGUGGCGAGGUGAGCACAUCGUCGGGGGGAGCAGGAAAAGGAACUGGAGGAGGAGCAGGAGCAGGAGGAGGAGGAGCAGGAGCAGGAUCAGCCCCCUUAGUAUCUAGCGAAAACCAGGACAGACGUCGCCUGGAGACACAGAGCAGCAAUCGCAGCGAUCAGCAAGCCAUAACCACAACCGCAUCCUCGGCUCCUGGGAACAGCAGCAGGAGCUGCAGCCUGACCAGCGAGAGCAGCUCCAUCCGGCUGACCCGCCUGCAGAACUUCCUCUUCAAGAGCAGCAACGAGAGCUCCAGGAGCUGCCAGGGUCACUCGAACGAGGGCUUCACGGUGUCCUCGCACAACUCCUCCUCGGGAGAGUGGGAGCAAUUGGGGGCCUAUCUAUCGAGCAGCAGUGGCGUGGGCGGAGGCCAUGAUUUCCAGGGCGGAUCCUUCCCCGAGGAGAGCACGCCCGACGAGACGGAGGGCACGCUUCCGGUGGAGACCAGUAGCAGCGGGGGCGGGGGCUACUAUCAGUACACCCUGACCUCGCCCAACAAUCCCUUCCUGCCGGAGAUCACGGCGCGAACGUAUCACAGCACCUACAGCGAGGAUGGGGCAGUGGAGGGGGGUGAGCUCCGGUCGGAUGACCUUCAGCUGGACGGGUGUGUGAAGUACGGCCGAGGGGGAUCGGGAGCGGGCACCCGCUCCGCCCAGCUGCCCACGCCCUCGUACAGUCGGGCAGGAUCGCAGGAGUCGACGCACAGAGGGGGAGGACCUCCGGGACCCUCGCCCAGUCCCGCCUCCAGUUCCUCCUCCACGCCGGGGAGGCAUCGCCGGAAGCUGUUCAGCCUGAACUCGCCCACCCGGCUGCUGCACCACCAGCAGCAGCAGGCGCCGCAGAGCGGGGCCACCUCGGCAUCGCCUCCGUCCGGCGGGAGUAGCAACGAGGGCGGUGGAUCCGGGGGCAAGUUCAGCUCGGCCAGUCUGGUGCGGAGCCUGAACCCCUUCCUGCCCAGCGUGUCGUCGCCGAAGAGGGCGCCGCACAAGCAGGCGGCGGUGACCUCGCCCGGCUCCGUGACCCCUGACCUCAGCACUAAGCGCGAGGAGUUCCUGCGCGCCACCAUGAAGAUCUGCCUGGUGGUGUCGCCGCCCAACAGCAAGUUGCAGCUGAAAUCGAAAAGUCUCACCCACUUGGAUGGCCUCGACUCGGGAGUGGUGGCCUGCCAGCACGGUCCGCCGGGAAUGGCCACCAGCACCACCUCCACCACCGCCGGCACCACCACCGCGACCUCAGGACUGUUCGCCACCGCCGGAGCACCAGGAUCGCUGGGCCGGCAGGCCAAUGUGGUAUCCAGCUCCGAAUUCUUCUCCGUGUCAUUCUGCCUGGACUCGUCGCAGCAGCCAGAUGAGGAGUUUAUUCCUGCAACCAAAGGCGUGACACUACUUAACGCACUCAGCCAUGCUCUGCGUAGGCGAAACCUCAGCUUUACACAAAUAACAAUUACGGACAAUAAUCCCACGCCCAGUUUUUUAGAUGCAGGACCUUCGCUCCUUCCCGUUUCGGUGGAUGAGCAGACCGACGUGGAGAGCCUGGCUGGACACCAUCUCUGCAUCACAGAACGAGGCAGCAACCGCAAGCCCCUGCAAAAGGCAGCUUCCUUUGGUUCCCGACAGCCUCCUCCCAGACUGCUGCCCUCCGUUUCCACCGAGGAGACCAGCGAGUCGGGAGUGGCGGCCGGGAAGCAGAUCAAGCAGCGGUGGUCUUCCAUAUUCGGGAUCAAGAAUCCCCAGCAGAGCCAGCUCUGCGAGCUGCUGAACAGCUACGCCAAGAACGGAGUGCCCCAGCGAGCGGAUAGCAUGAACUUCGAGCAUCCGGAUCUGGUCAACUCACUGGCGUAUCUGCAGGACAUGCACAAGUCCUGGCGGGACUUUGUGGAGAGCGAUUCGAUGAGCGAGACGGAGAUCAAGAUCCAGACUGCCAUCUGGGAACUGGUCACCACCGAGGUGUAUUACAUUCACGCCCUGCAAACAGUUACGGAUUUGUUCCUGGCCUGUUUGGAGGCCGUUCAGGAGGAGCGUCUGCUGAUCGAUGUGGACCAGGCGCGAUUGUUCUCCAAUGUGCGGGCUGUGUGCGAGGCGAACAUCAAGUUCUGGACGAUGUGGCUAUAUCCCAUGGUGGCACACAGUGUGGUCACCCACGAACCGCUGCGAUGCGCCUUCUUCCAGGAGGGAUUCAUUGCCUUCGCCUCCAUCUUUGCGCCAUAUAAGAUCUAUUGUGCGGAGCAGAGCACCUGCCAGUUCUACUGCAAGGAGCUGAACCACAACAACCCCCUGUUCACCUCCUAUUUGGCGUGGUGCGAGUCGCAGAAGAUGUGCAACCGCCUGCGACUCGCGGACAUUGUGGUGCGACCCAUGCAGCGACUGACCAAGUACAGCCUCCUCCUGGCGGCCAUCAAGAAGCACAUGAGUGAUGUGGAGGAGAUCGAGGCCAUUGACGUCAUGAUGCACAGCGUGGAAAACUUCGUGGGCAGUGUGAACAACCACUUGACGAUGCGGCAGGAGAGCGAGCGGCUCAAGGGCGUGAUGGUGCGGAUCGAGUCCUACGAUGUGGUGGACACCAACAACGAGAUGCUGGACAAGUUGAUCAAGCAGCACAGCCAGAUGUUUGACCUCUGCGCCCCGAUGCGCGGAUGCCCCGCCUACCAAGUGCGCCACCUGUUCAUGGAGGGCGACCACAAGUUCAAGGACAACCUCGGCAAGUCCGAUGUGCACUGUUUCCUGCUGACGGAUCUCCUCCUGGUGUGCAAGACCAUUGCCAAGCGGGGAUUGGGGGCGCUGAAGGUCAUCCGGCAGCCGUACCUCACCGAUCAACUGAUUGUCCAACUGGCGGCCAACAAUACACUGAACUGCGUGUACCUCAACGAGUUCCAGGUGGCCACCACGGCGUUCACGCUGCAGUGCACCGAGGCCAAGAACUGGUACGACGCCCUGUGGCGGGCCAAGACGAUCUACCAAAGACUGAAGCGCGGGGGCGGCGGCGGUGGCGGCGGUAGCGGGAGCGGCACGGUGGGCGGCGACAGCUUCCGGUUCGGGGGUGGCACCAGCGGCGGCACUGCCGACUCGUUGGGCGUGCGCAAGUCGCCGAUGAACUCCUCGAUCUGCAGCCACGUCUCCAGUGCGAACAACAGCCACAGCGGCAGCGUCGAGUGGAACGACUCCCGCAACAUCUCCGUCGACUUCGAAAAGACAAACUCGGUGUCCAGCGACGAGGGCUCCAGCAUAAUGACAGGCAACCACGGAGUGAACCUGAAGGGCAAGCAGCAAUUGAUCAGUGGCCUGCACAAGGCCAAGAUGGGCAUCAUCGGCCCGAUGGGCUCCAAGUCGGCCAACACGCUCUCCGUGCAGCCGCUGAACCAUCUGGGCCAGAGUCUGCCCAACCUGAACAUGCAUCACAGCCACACUAACAAUACUCUGCUCGUGCCCGGCUCCACGACGAGCCACUCGGGCAACAUGUUGUUGUCGCCCAGCCACCGCGGCAUUUCCUACCCGCCGCCGAGCCCAACGAGAGUUCCGCUGCGACGUGGCCUGGCAUUCUCCACGUCGACGAAGAACCCGCCGCUGCGGAAGACCAGGAACAUCACCUCCCAGAACAGUAUUAACUGGCACCAGAUCCCGGCCACGCCCACGCCGCCCAGCCCGAGAUCGCAGCACCAGUCGCCGGGAGUGGUCUGCCUGCAGAAAUCGCUGCCCCUGCUGGCUCCCAACGAGGAGGGUCAAGAUCAGGGUCAAGGCCAGGGUCAGCCCCCGCCCCCGCUGCACAAGCAGCUCUCCCACCAGGCCCCGCUGCCCAUCUCCAAUCACAACCAGUCCAGCGCCGAAACGGACGUCUGAUGAGGAUGGGCUUGCAGAGUCCCAAAGCCGCAGAAUGUACUUACCAAUAGAUCUGUCACAAACUACCAGUAGCAAGUAGCAGAAUACCCAGAACACUCCCAUGUAAAAUAAUUAUGGAAAUUCGCCUCUAAUUUGCAGUCUUUAGAUAUAUUUGGUUCUCUUGCUAAAUUACAAAAAAAAUAGUAGAUUAGGAAAAGAAAAUUGUUUGAGAGGCUUAACUUAUAAACAUCUUUUUAAAAUACAUUUUUUUUUGAAACCAUAUAGUUUUGAAGGGCCCUUUUCAUGUCUUUAUAGUAAACUAAAAUUCGGUUUAAAUUCCUACUUUAAGCUUACGAUAAAGACGAGAAAAUGGGACCACCUAUGAGGUAGUUUGUAAAUUUUUAAUUUUGUACUUUACUUAUAUCAAAAGUCAGCUAAAAUUAAAGGCGAAUUUCUAAAAUUCAAAUAAGAUAUCCUUUUGAGUGUAGGACAUCGUGAACUUGUAAUGUGAAAACCGCACUUUUGGGUCCAAAGCUGACAUUGAACUUAUCUACAUUCCAUAACUAACGAAAACCUUGGCGAGAUUAAAUUUCAGAACACAACGCCCCGCACACUCGCCAUUUUAAUCUUCCCAUAACGAUAUGAAGACAAAUAAAGUUUAACCAAACUAAAGUUAGUCGUACUUGUUACCAUAGAAUACGCAUAGUCCGAAUGCCAUAUAUACAGAAACAUACUUAGAUUGAUCACAAGCUUUAUAAAAGUGUUUCCAUACUAUUGAUGUAAGUCGUUAAUUUCCUUAAGUAGAUAAAUCAAAUGUUACGGUCAAAAUAAAAAUAAAUAAACAGAAUACAUAUAUAUACAUAUUACUGGCUGCCCAUUGUCUGCAUGUAACAUAGAAUCUAAAAAUGUUUUCCAAAACAUAACAAAGGAAGUGAGAGGAAAUAUAUCCUUUUAUUAAGUUUAGCUCUUGCAGUUUUUAAGUUUUCAGAACUUGAUUUAAGGGCUAGGUUCAUUUGCAGUAUUAAAAAAAAGUUAUCCUAAGUUUCCUCUUUUUUAGAGAAGAAAGCUAAAAUAACUUCAACUCAACGUUACGUACAAGUUUGUAUACCAAAAUAGAGUAUUAUCCGAUUUUCGGUCAAUGUGUGUAUAAAGAAUAAUAUAAACUGUAGGUACGAAAUUAAGAUGGCCGUAGUCUUCUUCCACAAAAUGUAGUUGGUAAAGCACACAUUAUACCACAUGGCAAAGUAAUAUUGGAAUACGACAGACUACGGAUGGAAUUCCAACUAUAAAAAAUUAUCCGUCGUUUAAGCUAUAUUUAUAUGGGUGAUACGUUUUUAAUUGAGUUCAGGCAACAAACUGUAGUUCUAGAAAGCUCAUAACAUUCUUAAAAAUAUAAAUCCAUAGCCCCUGUUGACUAACGUUAUUAAAAUAAAGCAAAAUAAUAUUUUAAAGUUUUUCUAGCCAUCUCUAUCCUCCCCUAUAACUUUCCGGAACUAUAUACAUUCUUUACAUACUUUAUUUGAGAUUCAAGUAUUGUUACCAUAACUUUGGAUAGUUGAUUAGGGCGUAGCAACUGUUCUUCCUUCGAAAACUAUUUCGACGAAAAGGAUGUGACACAUGUGAGGCGUGAAUUUGCUAAAUGCAGAUUUUCUCCAAACGAUUUGUACAUAUUAUCAACGGGAAAGCGUGACAUAAGUUCUAAAUUACAUAUAGAGAGACAAACGAAUACAUAUACACACCACAUAUAUAGGGACUAUAUUUAUAUAUAUAUAUGUAUAUUGUAAAACGUGAACUUUUAGAGAUAAUGAGAUGCAUGUCUUGCACACAAGUGAGCUACUAAAUAACUACAAUAUACAACUGCAAUACAAAGUGUUAACUGUAUUUUUAUGUACGAAUACUUACCAAUAUUUAGGGCUGCAUAGAGCUGAGAUCGCAUUUUAGAGUCGUACUUAGUUCGAGGACAUGAAGCUAACUUAAUCCGUAACGAGAUACGUUUGUGUACAAAUAUCUAACCCUCUCUUCGGGCUAAUCCAAAGAGUAUAUUCAUACAUACAUAUAGUACGUGGUACUUAGAAGUUGAACUUAAAUGUUAUUGCAACUAUAUCUAAUUGCAAUUUAUUUACAAAGGAAUAUAAACAAAAACAAAGAGUAAAGUGCAAAAAAGCUUUAUUUACACGCUUGAACAAUAAAUAUCAAAAUUAUUUGUAAUGUAAACAACCAAAA